AUGGGAAAAGAAAGGGAGUGAGAAAUAAAUAAAGAAAUAGGAGACCUUUUAGGACAUCAAUUCUAUUUUAUAUCUGUGAGAAAAGACCGGGAAAACUGAGGGGAAAAAUUUAUCGGGGAGAGAGAGUUUCAUUGUUCAUGGCUUUUCGCAGGAAACCAUUCAUGAGUAGAUUCAAAAAACCACCAUCGACGAGUUUUGAAGAUCUAACUCUGGUAGCAAACUCUGAUUCGCAGAAUCAUUCAGCAAACCCUUCCAAUCAGGGAUCAUCAUUUGCUUUAAUUGGUAAUCUUCAAUCAAUGAACUCGAUUGAAGAUUCAUUGCCUGGAUUUUUCGAUCAGCAUCAUUCAGAAAAUCGCUCCAAUCGGGGAUCAUCAUCUGCUUCAAUUGGUGAUCUUCAAUCACUGAACUCGAUUGAUAAUUCAUUGCCCAAAAGUUUCGAUCAGGUGGAAGGUGACCAAGAAUGUUCAGUAGAAAUUGACAAGAAACAUUUGAAAUGGAAUAAUCAAAUGGAUGUUGUUCUUAUUGACUCACUCUUGGACCAAAUGCUCAAAGGGCAAAAAAUUGGUGGUAGUUUUACAUCAUCUGCUUAUAGAGCUGCAAGCAAUGCGGUGAGUACCAAGUUUAGUGUACAUUGUGAUUCCGGUCAUGUAAGGAAUCGGUUGAAGACUUUAAAAAGGAAUCUUGCAAUGGCUAAAGAUAUGUUAACAACUGAUAGUGGAUUUGGAUAUAAUCAUUCAACACAACUGAUUGAAGCUACAGCAGGUGUAUGGGCAGCUUACCUCAACGUAUAUCUAAUUGUCAGAUUGAUGUAG